GCGACAACGAUAAGCGAAACCUGAGAAGGCGCACCGACCUAUCUCAACAGCACGCGACGAUCGACGCCCGACGGCCGACACCGAACGAGAGACAAUGCUGCUCAUCGUAUUUUUGAGUCUUAUUGCACGGAGCACCUGUAAGGAAACCGAACCUGAUACCCAAGUCGAAAUAAAAGAAUUUAAAUAUGAACCGGGUACCUACUUCGAAAAAAUGGGCAAGAUAAACCAAAUCGAGUCCACAUGGAAGAUGGUGAUAAAAAUAGACAUCGCCGCAAUGGACCAUCGACAUGAACAAUUGAGAAACUAUAUGGCACAGACGAGAGCUCUAUGCUACGAUAAACCAUUGCAAAUAAAAAUGAAAGAAACCUGCCACAACCUGCUACAAAUAGCAGAAAAGGACAGAGAACAAGCAGAAAAAUUGCUAAAACGCCUAAAAUUUGCGUACCAAGCACCCAAGAAGACAAGACGAGGGCUAAUCGACGGUCUAGGAACGAUAGCCAAAACACUCUUCGGCACAAUGGACGCAGACGACGAAAAAAUUAUAAAGGAGCAAUUAAAUCUCAUACAAAGGAAUCAGCAAACGCUGCAAAUCAAAUUAAAGUAUUAAACGCAACAAUUGCGCAUGUUGAUAAUGUUGAAAAAGUUCUGCAAGAAAAUGAAGAACAAUUCUUAAAUAUAACAGAGAAGAUGCGACAAGCCUGGAUACAAACAGAAGUCGGAUAUGGACAACGAGAGGAUCUCGACGAACACUUCAUAAUAUUAAAUGCCAUAAUAAAAGAUCUAUCGAACGAUCUUAUGGACAUUAUCGCGCAUCUGACGAACGCGAAAAAAGAGAUAAUCGACAUAAGAUUAUUACCCAUCGAAAGCAUUCUAGAUAACAUGAAGGAAACAGCGUCACAAAUACCGCUGGGAACGCACUUCCCAUUUCAAAUAUCUGCAGAAAAUUGGAGAACAAUCGAAAAGUUCUUAACAAUUAGCGCAUACUACGAUAAUACAAAUAUUUUUACGAUUAUAAAGAUUUCACUAAUCACAUACCCCGAGUAUGAAAUAAUAAAGGCAAUCCCAUUAGCUACGCACAAAUUUAAUAACACAUUUAUAUUUAUAUCAUAGAAGUAAAUUAACUGAUAAUAGCGAUAGACGUAGAUAGCCGAACGUAUUUUACGCCUACCGAAAACGAUCUAAAUAAAUGCGUGCGAAAUAAUGAUCAAUAUGUUUGCGAACAAAAUUAUUCCAUACAUUACUUAGACGAAGGAGCGCUAUGCGAAGUACCAGCAUAUGUACAGUUAGAGACAUACACAAUCAACUGUAAUAUUCGACACAUACACACGAAUACAACCAUAUAAAUAGCGCUGAGUAAUGCGAACUCAUGGUUAUACUCUACACGAGCAAACCAACCGAUCGAAAUAACGUGCGAAAACGACGCAACGCGAAAACUAGAAAUAAAAAGAAGCGGACAAAUCACA